UUUCUCCGCGGCAACUUUCCGUUUCACAAGAUCCCUUUAAAAAUUCUGGGGAAACAUUACAUCCAGCUUCUCAAUCAUCACGCCCUGGAUUCUCUAGACAAUCUACAGAAUCGGCAUCUAAAAACAUUCAUCAUUCAUCAACUAAUGAUCCAUCACCUCAAUUAUCGCGUCCUGGUUUUUCUAAGCGACCCACUGAUCCUAUACCUAAAAAAGCACCACUGUCAACAACUAUAACAGAUCCCGAAAAAUUGAGAAAGAUGCAAGCUCUGGAGGAAAUACUUGCUUCAUCCGAUGCUAAAAAUGAACGAAAGGUUCAAAAAUUUGAGAAUGUAAUGGCUUACACAGAACAUGAUGGUAAAAAAGCUCGUGUUGGAAAAAAUCGUACUUUAAAGACUGCCAUAAUAACAUCAACAACUGCAAUGGCGUCCCCUUCGGUAAUACCGGUUGAACCGAUUACAAGUACUGAAAACAAUAAUAAUAAUAAAAUACAAGAAACAUCAUCAUCGUCUUCACAUGGACAAGAAAAUGUAUUACCAAAUGUAGUAUCUACCUCACGUACUUCAUCUCCAACUAGUUUAGAAUCUGAUUAUUAUGAAGAUGAACCUGAAACACUUGAACCUCCGAGAGGUUUGAUUGGUGAUGAUG